AAAGAGAGAGGGAGUGGGGUUACAGACUCAGAGGGACCCAGCUUAAAAUCCCAUGUCUACCACCACUGUUUGGGCAAACGUCUUCCCUCCUCUGAGACUCAGUUUUGUUAUCUGCAAAAGGCGACACCAUUCCCAGGGGACAUUGGCUCUUCUGAUCACAUGGCAUAACAGCAAUGCCUGAGAGGCUGUGCUGUGCAGGAAGCCAGACAGCCAGGAGUGGCUCAGGAAGGAAGCGAGCAAGUCCUGGAGACAGACGGGGGACCCCCAAAGCCCAGGAGAGGAAGGAGUGGGUAAGACGUCCCCACAGCUGGGAUAGCACAGGCGACGGGGGACCCCAAAGCCCAGGAGAGGAAGGAGUGGGAGGACAGUCAGUGACCCACAGCAGCCUGCCCAUCGUGGCCUCCCUGGCCAACUCACCUGUCUCCUUCAGCUGCAGGAUCAGCUACCCGUACACCCCCCAAUUCAAGGCUUUCACAGUCAGCUACUUUCAUGAAGAUCUCCAUGGGCAGAGGAGCCCUGAGAAGCCAACCGACUGCCACCCUGGAUCGGGCAUAGAGAACCAGACCUACACCCUGAACUGCCUGGUCACCCUUGUGCCGCCGGAUGCAUCAGCCACCGGCACCUACUACUGCUCUGUCCACUGGCCACACACCAUGGCAAGAGGCAAUGGCACCUUCAUCCUGGUCAGAGACACAGGGUACCGAGAGCCCCCGCGGAGCCCCCAGAAGCUCCUGCUGUUUGGCUUCACCGGCCUCCUGAGCGUCCUGAGUGUUGUGGGCACAGCCCUGCUGCUCUGGAAGAAGAGGCAGAUGCAGGCUCCACGGAAGGACCCCACCAGGAAGUGCCCAGCUCCAAGAUCUGCCAGCAGCCCCAAACAGCCUCCUGCAGAAUCCGUCUACACAGCUCUGCAGCGCCGCGAGACGGAGGUCUAUGCCUGCAUCGAGAGUGAGACUGGCAGCCCACCCACCGCCACGCACAGCCCCAACUCCAAGGAGAGACUGCAUAGAUUCGAAGAUGACAAACUUAGCCUGGUCUAUGAAAACCUCUAAAGUGGGCUCCACCACCCGCAGAGCUUGCCCUGGGUCAGAGGACCGGGCAGCCCCUGCCACCAAAGGACUUGCCCUGAAUUGGGAGAAAGGCCCCCAGGGACACCCCAUCAUCUCACCCUCACAUUCAAGGCCCUUUCUUCCUUGGCUGGCCCCACUCCCCCCAUUCUGUGACUCAGCCACCAAGGGUUUCACAUCUUGGGGCCUUUGCCCAGGCUGGUCCUUCUGCCAGACGCUCCCUUCCUCCCUUCCUCCCUUGGCCCAACCGGCAAAGCGCUCCUCAGUCUUCAAGGGGUCUCCUGGAUGCCACCUCUCACUGACAGAGCAGCAUGCUCUCUUGGCACCAGCCUGCACCUCGGCCAGCAGGGCAGCCUCUGAGCUGAGGGAGGACCCGGCAGGGGCUGUGUGGGGAGCAGCCGCUCAAACUCCCACCUGCCCAGCUGGGCCAGAGACAUGGGGCAGCCACACAGGGCUGGCAUGGGAGGUCUGCGGGGCGGGCAAGGACGAUGAACCCCUGCAGAGGCCAGACUGGUAUCAGGGACAGAUCUAGAGGUCUAGAACACAGCAGGCUGGGGACCUGGAGCAGAGAGGGCUUGGGUACAAGCUAGUGAGGAAGGAGAUUCUGGCAUGUUUGGGGUGAAGGCAGAGGGACGGAUGAGGGGAGGAGGGUGCUGGCUAAACAGGAGCUGAAGGCCGGGCGCAGUUGCUCAUGCCCAUAAUCCCAGCACUUUGGGAGGCCGAGGCGGGUGGAUAACGAGGUCAAGAAAUCAUGACCAUCCUGGUCAACAAGGUAAAACCCCGUCUCUACUAAAAAUACAAAAAUUAGCUGGGUGUGGUGGUGCGCGCCUGUAGUCUCAGCUACUCGGGAGACUGAGGCAGGAGAAUUGCUUGAACCCAGGAGGCAGAGGUUGCGGUGAGCCGAGAUCGUGCCAUUGCACUCCAGCCUGGGUAACAAGAGCGAAACUCAGUCUCAAAAAAAAAAAAAAAAAGGCCCGGUGCGGUGGCUCACACCUGUAAUCCCAGCACUUUGGGAGGCCGAGGCAGGUGGAUCACGAGGUCAAGAUAUCAAGACCAACCUGGCCAACAUGGUGAAACCCCGUUUUUACUAAAAAUACAAAAAUUAGCUGGGCGUGAUGGUGUAUGCCUGUAGCCCCAGUCACUUGGGAGGCUGAGGCAGGAGAAUUGCUUAAACUGGGAGGCAGAGAUUAUAGCAAGCUGAGAUUGCACCACUGUACUCCAUCCUGGCGACAGAGCGAGACUUUGUCUAAAAAAAAAAAAAAAAAAAAAAGAGCUGAAUGGAUAGCCUGAAGCUCCCCCUCCCUACUAAGGGUCCCCACUCCCACUGACCUGUGUCAUCUCCUUGGUUACCCUCAGGCCUUCUCCACAGCCCGGCCUCAGCCAUCCCUCCUUCCACCCAAGGUGCAGUGCCCCAAAGCCCCUUCUGUCUGGCCUGUCCUGUGCCUACCACCUGUGGUGUCAUCCAGCCCUCCUGCUCUGUCUUUAUCUGCUGUAAGCCCAGCCCUGGUCCCCUGUGGAUUGAGGUCCUAAGUGGUCCAGCUGUGGGAUUUGGUGCUGGAACCCUCAUGGGCAGCCAAAGGAUCCCUCUGAGGCAGAAGCUCAGGCCCCAUGGGGACAGUGGCUCCCAGUGCCUGGCCCUGAGCCAUGCCUGCUGUUCCGAGUGCCCACGUCACCUCAUUUCCUCCUCACAGCAGCCCUGCACUGCAGCCAGAAACCCAUCCCCAGGCAGGCAGUGGCUGGGCCGAGGCAUUCCUGGGCUGUUGGGCUCUGCUUUCUCUCUCCCCUCCCGCAUCCUCCUCGAGUUCACCCACCUUUGCUCAUUUGUGAAAUGGGCCAAUCCUCCCACCCCACUUUGUGGGCUGCCCAAACCCCAAAUGUGCCCAGGGAGGGUGGGGAGCCCAAGGCACAGGCCGUGCUCCUGCCCCCAAGCAGCACGGGGCUACCAGCUGGCAGAGGCGCCUUCGGUUCUGCAGGUCAGGGCUCUCCCUGCAAGGAUGGGAAGGCUGGUGGUAGAGACUGGGCACUGACUGACCUCCAGAAGUCCCUGCACCCUCUGCUAGGGUGGCACCAGAUUUCCCUGGUCCCACAGGACAGCCAGUGGCCUCCCAGCUUGUUUGGGGCACCUGCCUGUGAGCACACAUAGUGAGGAGGGCUUUAGCAGGCUGGCAGAACCAAGCGGCAAGGCCCCUGCUCCCAGAGGCUGGGUUUGAAUGAACUUGGGGCCUGUUUGAGGUGAAGCUGAUAGGUGUGCACGGCAGCUUCCCAGGCUCCUGGCUCCACCAGCCUGAGGUGGGGCGAGGGUCAGGGCAAUGGGGGGCCAUGCUACUCAAGGUGCAGGGAGCUGCCCCAGGAACUCCAAAGCCAGCAAGACAAGGAGAGGCCCCCGCACUGGGCCUGCCUCCCCUACCUCCUGGGCCUCUCUAAUCUCAGCUCCCAGACCCUGGACACUCCAGCUGGGACUCAGCCUUUUCCAGUGUGUUUCAGGCGUAGAGAGGGGAGCCUGGAGGGAGCUUUACCACUGUGCCCUAGCCCAGGCGUCACCAACACGGCCUCCUGCAGCUGCCCUGCCCCCAGCAGACCCUGAUGAAACCCACACCUGGCCUUGGACCACCCCCCGCCCGCUCCACACCUUGCAUGGUUUUUGCCUCACUUGGAAUAAAAUUCCAACUCUUC